AACCGGGAAGUCCUCCGCGGAGGCAGGUCGAGCGAGGGCUGAGAGAGAGAGAGAGAUUGUGUGUCCUGGCUAGUCUCAUGAGUGAGCGAGAGAGUGAAAGAGCAGGGAGUUUCUGCAGCGUGGUUUACGUGCACGACUCAGACAGACAGAGGUGUGAGUUACCACUUUUUAAGGUCCUUUUGAUGCUGGGCACAAGAAUUUCACAUCUGUCACACAAGGACCAUAACCGAUCCCAUGCAGUCUCAGCAACGUGUGGAAGUGGUUGGCGAUCCAAAUGGCUCCCGGGUUAUCUUCUCCAGGGAGGCUGGAGUUUCCUCAGGCCAGCAGAUCCUAACUUCUCCAGAGCUGGCCCAUGAGGUGGUCAUCUCCCCUGGGCUCCCUACGCCUCCUCUGAGCCCUUUUCGCUCAGCAGGGUUGCCAUUUGGAGAGAUGAUGUCAGAGGUGAAUGGAAAUGGACUGACAACUCUCAGCUUUGGAUCUUACUAUGGCCCCUCACAAUUGCAGGGUGGACUGUCCAAUGGCGUCCAGAGCUCUGGCACUUUACCUCGCAGCUGGACGCCCCCUACCAGGGAGGAGAGGCUGAUCAAGUUCUCAGGAAUUGGACCAGUGGAUGAAACUGGGAUGCCCAUUGCCUCCAGAUCAAGUGUGAACAAGCCCAGAGACUGGUACAAGAGCAUGUUCAGACAGAUUCACAAGAAGCCAGAGGAACCUGAGCUGGAGGAUUCGGAGCGGUGGUCAGCCGAACGACUCCAGCUAUCUGCCAACACAGAAGAAAGAAAUGAAGCAGACAAGGAUCUCUUCAGACUAACACCUUAUGGCGCUCUCCCAGACUGGAGCGAGGAUGUAGAUAAGCUGUCGGACCCGGGAAAGCAGCACCCUCAGCCGAAGAGCAUAUUCGACUUUGAGCCUGGAAAGAGCAGCCCCUCGGGAAGCCACAGCCAGGUCCACGUGUCCCCGAAGAAACAACCUGAGCCACCAAAGUCCACUUCAAUCGAGGCCAGCCUGGUCUCUGAGCUGAGUCGGUUUGAGGCUGAGCUGGACUCGGAUAUCAAGGGCCUGGAGAGGACGCUUUCCCAGAAGAAGCAGCGUCGAGGCCGGGGUGAGGGGGCCAGAGACGGGGACCCGGUAACUGCUCCAAAGACUGCCACUGCAAACUCCAGCAAUUCAUCAGCAGCCAAGCAACCUGUCCAUCGCUCUGUUGGCACAUCACUGACCUCUGCUCCCACAUAUGUAGAAACUCCUACUCCAAAUGAGAAAAAGAUGAAAGCAGCGCGAGCCAAGUUUAAUUUCCAGGCUCUGACACCCAAGGAGCUCACGCUGCAGAAAGGCGACAUAGUUUACAUCCACAGGCAGGUAGAUGCCAACUGGUUUGAAGGGGAACAUCACGGAAGAGCUGGCAUUUUCCCCACGUCUUAUGUGGAGAUUCUGCUUCCUACUGAGAAGCCCACACCUACAAAGUCUCCCACUCUACAGGUGUUGGACUAUGGGGAAGCUGUGGCUCUUUUUAACUUCAACGGGGACCUACCUGUUGAACUUUCUUUUCGGAAAGGUGAGACGAUCGAUAUAACCAGGCGUGUUGACGAAAGGUGGUUAGAGGGGAGGAUCUCAGGGACCAGCCGGAGCGGCAUCUUCCCAGCCAAUUAUGUGCAGGGUGUGAUAGGAAACCAGGCAGCUCGGUCUUAUCCACACGUUAACUCCCUGCCGCAAACACAAGUGCCAAACAACCCUGAUUCAACAGUGGUGCAACGCCAACUAUAUAAAGCUGUUUACAACUACAAACCACAGAAUUCAGAUGAGUUGGAGCUCAGAGAAGGAGACAUUGUGCAGGUGAUGGAGAAAUGUGAUGAUGGCUGGUUUGUAGGUACGUCAGAACGGACUCGUGCUUUUGGGACCUUUCCUGGGAAUUACGUGGCACCUGUUUGACCUGCUCACUUCCUGCUUGCCCCCCACCCACCUGGACUCAUAAGAGCCCAACCAAUCACUCACUCAGCUCUCUCCAGCAGAUCCUUCUUUGACACCGCAGCAUUUCUUCAUCACACUCCCCUACACUCCCUAACGCGGCUUAGUCAGACCUGCAUGUUCAACAGAGGCGAAGGCAGGGACAAUGAGUGGUUUUUCACCUCACCUCCCUGCAUGAGUGUGUGUGUGUGUGUGUGUGUGUGUGUGUGUGCGCGUGGGUGUUCCACUGAGACUUGGAGAGUUGUCACACACACCACUCGAGAGAGGAAAGAAUGAAUGCUGAUGAUACUGUUUCACAUGCAAAGAAUGGACAUUUUUGUUCCACAACUAGUUGCAGCUGAAGGAAAUUUACAUUCCUUCCCAGUGACCAGCGCUGUUCCGUCUGAGGUCCUGACACAGUGUGACACUGCAUUCAGCUUCUUCUCUUCUUUUUUUUUGUCACCACAGCGCCAUCACAAACCACUGCUGAUAAUUUAUGAAUUAGGAUGGCACAUUUUCAAUGGAUUUUUUUAUUUUUUUUUAAUCUACCCUUCAAAUAUCUUCCUCAGAUUCUCUUCCAGAUCUCUGAAAGUUCCCUGGGCAAGUUUGAGGAAACGACAUGGACAUCUUUAGAUGUGUGCGUAAAGUGAAUCACAGUAAGGGCGCGGACGUGUCAAGAGAAGUUUAGAGCCUUUCACGAGGCUAUGCAGAAGAGGAAAUUAACAAUUAAUGUGCGUACUGGUUUCCUAAGCAAGUUAUUCAUUAGCGAAUAUUUUGGGUUUUUGUUGGAUGUCCCUCUUAAGCCAUGAAGUGGAAUGCCAAAUGUGAAAGUAAAGAUAUAGAUCAUGUUCUGCGCUUGCUUAGCUCUGAAAUGAAAUGUCAAACUGUAAGUAGUACAAGAUCAGCCGAGUUGAAUAGCUUCAAAUAAUAAAUCUGCAGCAAAUGGGUGAAUGAUCUUUUGAAGUAUUUGAAGUACUGUAAAGCUCUGUGUGCCAAAUCUAACCUUUCAUGACAUUUUUAUUUCUUUUAAUUCUCCAUUAAACAAUCCCAGCUGACUUUAUUUCUGCUAUUGCUGCUGUUAUAAUGUUUCCUCUGCUUACGGGGCAAAACAUUCUCACUUUGACAGUAUUUCCAAAAUCACUUAAGUUUGUACCAGUGCAACUUUUCACAAGUGUGACCUUUCGAAACCCAAUUAGACAUCAUAAUCAUGUGGUCAUUCUGCAAUUUUAUAUGAUAUAUUCAUGAUUUCCCUGUAAAAAUGAAUAUUUAGUAGACACAGGAGAUAAUUGUACAGACUGUAACCUUUUAUCAAAUUCAAAGUAUAAUAUAUAUUUGCUUAUAAAACAAUGUAUCUCAUAUGUAUGGUACGCAAUUUUUUUUUUUAAAGCAAUAAAACAUUACAGAGUGAUAUGA